UUUUUUUUUAAUUAAAGUAACCCAUCUUUUAAAGUAAGCCUGAUUCAAUUGUACGUGAUAUGACCUACACAAUUCGUCAGCAGGCUGACAAAUAAAAAUUCCCACCAACUACAUUGUGCCUCUGGGAAGCGGAAGUCCGGGUCAAGAACCAUUGAAGCGGCCAAAUGACCAUCUUUGUCAGCUUCGCCCAGUUAAAUAAAACAGCUUUAGUUGUUUUAUUUAACAAUAAUGCCGCUUAUUUGGAGCUGACUAUCGCAGCCUUGGUUUACGUUUCAAUAGUUAAUUUACUAAUUUUUAGUAAGUCUGCAAAAAAUGUGGGUUUAUUAACCUUAUACGCAGCAGCCCAAGUACUAACGCAUCCAUAUUGUGUUUCGCUCAUCCUCAACAUCCGCCGGAUAAUCGAUGGUCAGUUCGACAUGCAUCAAUGUGUUAUGGCCGCCAUGGGGCUAGUUUCAGACAUUAUAAGCCUAAGUCUGUUUAUAGUAUCCAUUUGCCUGGGUGAAAUCUCCAGCGGCAAUGAAAGUAGCAGUGGAGGAAGCAGUGGAAGUAGCAGUAGCGGUAGCAGCAUUGGCUUGAGCAUCGGUAGUGGUGGCAGAUAACUUAAAUUCUAUGAUGUACUUAAAUUAUAUGUAUAUCUCAGCCUUGGCCCAUACAUAAUGUACUCAAUAGUUUUAAUGUAGUGUACAAAUUAAAGGGAUAAAGUACUGAAUGUUUUUAAUCAUA